AUGAGCUCAACAAUUCCAAAUUCUCGUCCAGUUUUCGUUAUUAUUCCUGGCGCGUCUCAAACACCCUCCCACUAUGCUCAUUUGAUUCAUUUACUUCACAGCCGUGGUUAUGGAACCCUUACGGCUCUCCUCCCUAGUGGUGGCGCAACAAAACCAAUUAGUGCAGAAGAAGAUGCCGAGUUCAUCCGAUCGCGCUUACUGAUUCCGCUCCUGGACACUGAGAAGCAUAACGUGGUGUUAGUUAUGCACUCUUACGCUGGACUUCCCGGUAGUGCGGCAGCACGUGGAUUAGGAGAGGCGGAGCGCGUAGCUCAGGGCAAGACAACUUCUGUUCUAGGACAGAUAUUCAUCUCGACGAUCUUGCCAUACGGAGGUGAUGGUGCGGAUGUAAUCGCCUCCCUUGGUGGUCACUGGCCUCCAUUUAUCAAUGUUAAUGUCGCCGAGGGACGUAUCAAAUGUGAUCAACCUAAAGUACCUCUGUACGCAGAGAUUUCUUCACCAGUGGAUGAAGCAUUAGCAAUGUCGUGCAUAAGCCAAAGCCUCACAUGUUUCACUAGUCCAUGUCCCCUCACAAGCUGGCAUUCCGAGGCAUUCCAAGGUCGUUGCGCAUAUGUGCGUACCCUUCACGAUCAAGCUGUCCCGUACGAAGCGCAAUGUGCAAUGUUAGAGAGCACAGGUCGGAAGUGGAUUGUUCAUGAUAUCGCCACUGGGCAUAGUCCCCAGCUUGCUGCUCCAGAGAAAUUGGUUGAGAUUAUCUUGGACUCAGCGCGGCAAUUUGGAGCCCUACCACAAAUACCGAAGGAUAAAAACACGCUAAAAAUUAACACUGGUCUUUUCGAUUUGCGUCGUCUGGUAUGGUGGAUGAAGUUAUUUACGAAAAUGUGGAAAUAG